GGCAGAAGAAGAAGAGAUUUCGCGCCAGAUAAAAGCUGUGCAGCAGCUCGGACAUGGCGUCUUCCAGCAGGAACGGAAACAAACACCUCAGUGACGAAGAAAUUAUCAACCGCUGGAGUUUCGACUUUUACGUUACUAAAGCUUUCGAGGCGUUUCGGAAUGAAGACUAUGAGAGUUUCUCCCAGCUCAGGAACCUUAUCGAAAGUUUGGUGGUCAGACCCAUUGAUGGACACACUGACAUGACCAUCAAACUGCGAUUCAUGCAGUUCCUCUCACGGAUCAAUGAUGGUGACAAGCUUGACGUUACGUUUCAAAAGCCUCUAACACCCCUAGAAUCAGCACUGAUUGUCCUGGAGUCUAUCUGUUCAGAAAUGGAUGUCCCGCAAGACUUACUUGAGAAAGUUCACACCUUGAUCAGGGAAAUGCUUAUUGUUGUUUGCAUAAAGAGCAAACAGUUUGAAAAAGCUCAGGAGAUGCUGCUUAAAUACUUUCCCAAAGGAAUGGAUUCAGCUGGAAAGAAGAAGCUGUAUAUGGAUCUGAUGAAAAGGCGAUGCAGCACGCAUUCGGUUCUGAAUGUGAUUUCGUACAGUGAAUUCAAACAGGACAUGCUGGACUUCAUCGAUAGACUCCACCACAUUCCCGAGCCUUUCCUAGUCAAGAUGGUCAAGCUAUCGAGUCAAGGAAGGACUGUAGACUGUGGGGCUGUACAUAAGCCUCAAGCCGGUAGGACUCUCAACAUGCAGUCGUGUACACAGGAGCGAGCGAACAGUGAGCCCACAGACCAUUCUCCAUCCAAUUCGCAACAGAGCACACCAAUCAAAAAUAACCAAAGCAGUGCUUGUUCCCCAUCUCUUUUGGUAACGGUGCACCUGACCAAGGGCAACCUAAUGGCCAUCUAUCCGCAGCUUGCUGAGCAGUUUUCUGUCCCUGUCCCCUUCACUCUGCUGGAAGAUGACGUGGAGUGUGAAGCACAGCAGGGGAAUGGCUUGGAUCAGAACAUGGAACUUUGUCUGAAACUCACAGAGACUCCAAUGGAGUUUUUGGCAGAACAGGAGCAGAGUGUGUGUGAUGAAAGACUCCCUAGUGACCGUGUACAGUCUCAGCAGCGAUGUGUUGGGCACUGCACCUAUGUGCAGUCUGAUGCCAGCAAACAAACUAUAGUGACCCCAAAUCACUGCACAAAACAACAUAUGGAAAAGGAGCAUGAAAGUUCAAGGGACACACCUUCACUAAUCAAUACACAUGGCCAACAUUCCCCUGCUUCUUCUGCUGAGGACGGCAAGACGACUGCCGGUGUUGUGUCUGCAGUGAGUGUAGCACAGUUAGUGAUGGAGGAAGACAGUGUCCCGAGUGAUCUCGAAGCUGGUAAUUCUCAACAGACUCCCAGUCCACAGAAGGUGCACUCAAAUGCAGAGGAUCCACUUAGCUCGCAGUCUGUGAGCUCUUCACCGGUCCGGAAAUUCCGCAGACCCGCUCCUUGCAGGAGAAGUAUACUCACUGAGCCACAUCCUGCUUCCCACAAGCAGCUUGACAAACCUCAGAACAGUUCCACCCCCAGCAGACCGCAGAACAGCCCUCGUUCUGCCCAAGCAACACCUAAUAAGGAAGGUCAGAAACAAGCAACGAAGAGGUCGCACAGACACAGCACAAGUGAAGACAGUGUAGAAAGCAUUGUGGUAGACUCUCCACCAGCAGCAAAACCGACUGUGACCAACAUUAAACGGAGGAAUUGGAUGGAUGUGUCUGGAGCCCAGGAAGAGUGGAGUGAUGAGGAGUCCCUGUUCUCUGUUUUCACUAAAACAACUAAAGGUAAAAGUUCGAGUGAUGGCCAUUCCAAAAAGAAGAAGUGGACUGAUGAAGAGUCCGAGUGGGUGAAGCAAGGAGUGGCUCGUUACGGUGAAGGACGAUGGGAGAGGAUUAGAAGUGCGUUCCCUUUUAAAGGCCGCACAGCGGUUAACAUCAAAGACCGUUGGCGCACCAUGCUAAAAUUAAAGAUGGUAUAGAAUUGUAAACAAACAGACGUGCAAAUAAAAUGUUAAGAGAGAUUUUUGUACACACACUCACUGCCUACUUUAUUAGUAUCACCUGAGCAACUUCCCAUUCAUGCAAUUAUCCAACAGCGGCACGAUGCAGAAAAUCAUGCGGGUCAAGAUGAACAUUAUCUGAAGCUCUUGACCUGUAUCUGCAUCAUUUCUUGCAUUGUGCUGCUGCCGGAAGUUGUACAGGUGUUUCCAGUAAAGUGGACAGUGAAUGUAUAUCUAAAGGUAUUUUGAAAUUUUAAAGAGCUUGAGCUUUACAUCUCAUUUAUGUUCAAACACUUGGAGAUAUUUGAUUUUGUUACAGCACCCUGUUCUUACGGUACAUAUAAAAAUGUCUUUUUGUUUGUUUGCUCAGCAGUUUGUGUGACUGAGCUCUAUACCGGUUACGUCUACAUUUUGAAAGUACAGAAAUGCUCCAGGUAACAAAGUGGCUGUUAUUAUAUAUAUAACUGCCAAUAACGAC